AGAAGAAAAAGUUCCAAAAUUUUGGCAGCCGGGCGCAGAAUAUAUAGACUGGUACAGGUGGUCUGUGCACGCCUGCAAACUCUCCAAGACCCACAGCGGUAGGUUCCACUCUAUGGAUCCUGCCAUGGGCGGUGACCAGCGGCAAUUUGGCAAGACGACCGGGAACCCCGCCACGGCGCUCCCGACCCCUCGCUGAAUCGCAGCCGAACCGGAACCCCACCAAAAUUUGAGUCUACAACAUCGGGUAAUUGUGAGUCAACUGUUUGGGCCACCUCUAUUUCUCCUUGGACAAAUCAGCGGCUACAGGAAUUCGGCAUCCACUAACUACAGCGACAAGUCAGAACUCAGCACACAAUGGCGGCCCCGGAUUCAGACAAGAGAUUCACUCUUAUCAAGGAGAACCUGGCCGAGGUUCUCAACGAGGAGAUCAUCAAGAAGAUCCUCGAUGAGGGGAAACACCCCAAGAUCUACUGGGGUACCGCGACCACAGGCCGUCCACACUGCGGCUACUUCGUCCCCGCGAUCAAGAUCGCCCAGUUCCUCGCCGCUGGCUGCGAUGUAACGAUCCUGCUCGCUGAUAUCCACGGCUUUCUCGACAACCUCAAGGCGCCGCUCGAACUUGUCAUGCACCGCGCCGAGUUUUACCGGCACAUCAUCACCACCAUGCUCCAGGCGGUUGGCGUGUCGACAGAGAAGCUCCGGAUCGUGCUCGGAAGCUCGUACCAGAAGAGCCCGGAAUAUGUGAUGGACGUGUACAAGAUGGCGUCUCUGAUAUCGGAGCACGAUGCGAAGAAGGCAGGCGCCGAGGUGGUCAAGCAGACGGAUAAUGCGCCGCUAAGUGGCCUGCUCUACCCAAUCCUGCAGGUGCUGGAUGAGCAGUACUUGGAUGUCGACGCACAAUUCGGCGGCAUGGACCAGCGGAAACUGUUCACAGCGGCGAAGGAGUGGUUGCCAAAAGUCGGCUACAGGGAGCGUGCGCACCUGCUGAACCCCAUGGUUCCUGGGUUGCACGGCGGCAAGAUGAGCUCGAGCGAUCCCGACAGCAAGAUCGACCUGUUGGACCCUCCCGAGACCGUCGCCAAGAAGAUCAAGAAGGCGAUUGCUGCGCCGCAAGUUGUAGAGGAGAACGGACUGUUAGCUUUCAUCGAGUUCGUCUUGCUGCCUGCAGCACGGCUACGCGGCGAUGGACAGUUCCGUGUCGACCGUGACCGGGAUGGGUUAGAGCCACUGGUCUACACGGAUAUCGAGAAGAUUCGCGAGGAUUACAAGAACGAUGUGUUAACCCCGCAACUCAUUAAACCUGCUGUUGCACGGGAUCUCAACGCGCUCCUGGCUCCCAUUCAAGAAGCGUUCAAGGCUUCUAAAGAGUGGCAAGAAAUUGCCGAGAAGGCCUACCCACCACCCCCGAAGAAGGAGAAGAAAGUCAAGAACAAGGGUACCCGCUACCCCGGCAACAAGGAGCAGAGCGAAUCGAAAGACCAGGAGCUACCGAUUCGGCCGAACGGGGAAACUCCCAAUUGAUAGAAGUGAUGGAUGCUACUGGUGCAUUGAAAAAGGCAAGAACAAAGCACAGGACUAUGAAGACGCAGACACCUUCCACUCCAUACAGUCUGUGCGUCUGGCAGAGGACAGCAAUCUACGGACUUCCUCGUCGGUCAUCGGGCUGUUGCCGACUGCCCGACCAACUUGACGUCGACUUGUUCACCGGCCGGAAAUGGCCCCGCCUUAGAGCCGAUCUAUGAGACAUCAUGUGAGCGUAUCGGCCGGAUGGUAUCGGGAUCGUACCGGAGUCUCGAUAGGAGAGUUAGACGUUUGGUGGACGCCGCUGGGCUGGGAUCUAUGUCAGCUUCAUACAGUAACUGCUAUAGACGCAAUUACAAUCUCAAUUCCGGGGA